AUGCUAAGAACUCAAUAUUUAUUGAACAAGGAAAACUAUAUUCAUUUGAACUUACAAUUAAAGAUAUUUACUAGAGCAAUUAUUCACAAAGAGGUGCAGCAAUAAACUGCUAUUAUUGUUCUGGAUUAGAAAUUAGAAACUCUUAAUUCAUAAAUUUAAGAUCAGCAGAAGGAGGAGCCAUAUCAAUAAUAGAAGCAGAUCUAAGUCGGUGGUGCUAUCUCAGCAUAGAAUCCAUAAUCAGUAUUAAUAAGAGAUUGCUAAUUUAUUCAGAAUCAGGCUAUUCUCAUGAAUGAUUAAUAAACAUAGUCAUCCUUAAAAGGAUCAGGAGGAGCAAUUUACUAUACUUGUAAUUAAGAUAUUCAAAACUGUUUAAUGAAGUUUGAGGAGCAUAACAAUAUGGUGAUGAUAUUGCUUGCUUUGCAUAAAAAUUAGGAUCUUUGA